AUGAGUGAGCCUACCAUCAAACUACAUCAGAUUCAGUUUUUGAUACAAAAGCAAUAUGGUUUGUAUGUUAGUAAGACAAGUUGUAGAAAGGCAAAACUGAGAGUUAUGAAUGAACAUAUGAGAGAUUUCAGAGAGGAGUUUGCUAGGUUGUAUGAUUAUGCUGAGCAAUUAAAUACCAUAAAUCCUGGAACUACUGUAUCUAUUAGGACAUCUAAGAACACAAUUCCAGGAAAAGAGGUGUUUAUGAGCAUCUAUAUUUGUCUUGGUUCCUUAAAAAGUGGAUGGAAAAUAGGGUGUAGAAGGAUUAUUGGUUUAGAUGGUGCAUUUCUCAAAAGUGUAUGUAAAGGUGAACUGUUAUCUUGCAUUUCCAAAGAUGGAAAUAAUCAGAUGUACCCUAUAGCAUGGGCAGUAGUUGAUAAAGAAACCAAGGACACAUGGUCUUGGUUUCUCAAGUGCAUCAAACAUGAUUUGGAGCUUACAGAAGGUGAAGGACUAACAGUGAUGUCUGAUAUGCAAAAGGGUCUUCAUCUUGCACUUAUUGAUGUAUUGCCAAAUGCUGAAAUUAGAUGGUGUGCUAGGCAUAUAUGGGCAAACUGGAAGAAAGACUGGAGGGGUGAAGAAAGGAGAAGAAAAUUCUGGCAGGUUGCCAGGGCAUCAUUUGAGGUACUUUUACAGUCCAAACUUGAUGACUUGAGUGAGUUAGGAGUAGGCAUUGUAGAAGCUUUGUUAAAGUAUAACAAAGAAGCAUGGUGUAGGGCAUAUUUAUGGCCAUGCACUUACAUCAAUUCAUUAUAA